AUGAUUGUCCGCGAAUCUUCGAGUCGCUCGUCCGACUCCCUGUUAGGGGUGUCGACGAAGUCGAUAUCUCUACUCACUCUCACAUUUCAACACUCUGCGUUGAUUCUUAUUAUGCACUAUUCUCGCAUCAUGGCUCCAGCAGGCGACCAACGAUACUUUGCCUCGACCGCCGUCUUCCUAAACGAAGUGCUGAAGCUAGCGAUAUCCCUCACCUUCUCCAUAUACGAAGUAUCGCGAACUCUCGCGCCCUCCACGCCGGCCACCGUCAUAUUCCAGCAGAUAUACAACUCCGUCUUCCGCGGCGACGGCUGGAAGCUGGCCAUACCCGCUGCGCUUUACACGCUGCAAAACUCCCUGCAUUAUGUUGCCGUGAGCAAUCUCGAUGCCGUGCAUUUCCAGGUCUUGUACCAAGUCGAGAUCCUCGCGACUGCCAUCUUCACCGCCACUCUCCUCCGCCGCCCCAUCGGCAUGACGCGAUGGCUCUCCCUGAUCCUGCUGACGAUCGGGGUCGCAAUCGCCUCCCUCCCCCAAUCCGGCACCCCGCUCGACGACAAGCUCCUCUUCCACGAUAGCUCGGACCACUACUUCCCGCGCUCCGCGCAUGAGCUCGGUCAAGCGGGAAACGGCGCAGGCGAGGUCAACCACCACUUGUCCAAGCGCUCGGCGACCUACCAGGGGAUCCAGGAGGACGAGUUUCCCGACCCGAGCUCGGUCAAUGUGAAUUACUCCAUUGGUCUGACGGCGGUCCUUGUCGCUGCGACAGUGUCGGCUCUUACGGGUGUGUACUUUGAAAAGGUGCUCAAGGACUCGCCGACUCCAGCGUCGGUGUGGACGCGGAACGUCCAGCUGUCGUUUUACUCGCUCUUCCCAGCCCUGUUUGUUGGUGUCAUCUAUAAAGAUGGUGCUGAGAUUGCACGCCAUGGAUUCUUUGAUGGAUAUAACUGGAUUGUGUGGACUGCCAUUGUCUUCCACGCUAUCAAUGGCAUCCUAACGUCGUUGGUUAUCAACUACGCAGAUAACAUUGCAAAGACUUUCUCCACCAGCUUUAGCAUUCUUAUCAGCGUUGUUUUUAGUCUUUGGUUCUUUGAUUUCACUCUUACACCAUCGCUCUUCCUCGGCACCGGCCUCGUCCUGGGCGCAACCUAUCUCUACACCACCUCCACCCCUCCCCGCUCCCGCUCCCACCGCCCCUCCCCCAUCCACGUCGCCACCCUCGAAAAGACCACCAUCGACCGCCUCAACACCCCGCGUCCCACCUCGACUCCCUCGUCCCUAACCCCUUCUGGACCUUUCGCGGGCCAAGCUCCGCCAUCAUACGCCUCGCGGGCUACCCUCGAUCCUCUCGACGCGGCCAAGGCCAUCGGUCUUUCUACUUCGAGGCCCUCCUCGCCUAUGUUUCCUAGACCGUCUCCUAGGAAGGACCGGGAUGAGUGA